ACUGAUGACUGAUCUCUGGCAGGUUUAUUGAUGUUGCCGUUAUGACUUUUGUACGAAGUAUGUUCUUUGAGAAGUUGUGUUAAUCUAAUUGAACAUGUAGCUUUAAAGUGCUCGAUUGGUCUGUGUAUUUUCUCUUAAUUUUUGCCAAAUAAUUACGCAAAUAUUUGCCUUUAGGCCCUCUCAUUGAUAUUCGCCUUUCUAGCUUUAUUUUAUUCUAUAAUCAGAAUGUCCACUUGUGUCAACAAACGGGACGACAGACAGAACAGUCUGUCCGGACAUCUUAACUGAGGACCUAAAGAUGUUGCGGUUGGUCCAACCCCUCCCAUGGCUGUGCGCAGAAAAGCGCACACGCUCGUGCUCUUUACGCAUCGUUUUGGUCCAGCGUUUCCUAUAAAAUUCACUUUCAUCGAGGAACACCUACAGCACAGUCUCGAAUCUUUUCCAGUCUUUCAAGUGGUGCACAAGGAUACCCUAAUGAGAUCAUUACCCUGGGUACAGAAGCCUAGCAUGGGUGACUGCGGAUUCGCUGCUUGAAGGAGAGACGAAACGCCAAGGAUUACAUCCAUUAAUGUUGGAGUGAGCCGUAGGACUGAUAAACAAUCGAAGUCUGUGCGGAUGAUUGGAUAAAGCCUGAGUACAGAAUGGCAAGUGUAAACCGAUAGGGACGGUGUAAACAUUGGCAGACCUCAUUUCCCUGUUACCUCCAUUUCCUCUAGCCUAUCUGCCGCAGAGACAAAACGUGCGGUUUUGGUUUCACAAGGAACACCUCAUAAAAGAAAUAACAGGCUCAGAACGGGGAGUUCAGUUUUUGUUGUUGUUGCAAUUAAUUUCAUCACAAGGAGACCCGCGCUUUUUUAGAAUGUGGGACUCCGUGUCAUGCAGGGAAGUUGGUAUUUUAAUUGCGCAGCCAGAGUUUCCACAUAUCUGCUGAAGUGAUGUGAUUGUUUUGUUUCCCCUUUCGUCUGCGGCCAGGCUGCAGGCAUCUUCGUCAGAGGUGUUCCCUCGUUGCCUGUGCAACUGAAAUUAAAUCGCAUCUUCGACAACGUGACGUAGCCUACAACAUUAGUUGAUCUUCUUUUAAAGAUAUACCUGUAUGGUAUAUUGGUUUUAUUGUCGGUAUGAGCUGUCUCUUCAAGACAUCGCUACAUGUAGCAGUCAGGAGUGAUGCCUCAUUCAUCAAGUUCAACUCUGGAGUUUCUUUCCUGACUCUAACCCUUUCUGGCUGUCGGCAAAUGUAAAUUACUUUCAGACUAAAUUAUAAUAUGAUAAAUUCAUAAAUGGGCGUUACCGUUAGUAAUGACAAGUUAGCAUGAGUCUUGGAAGAGCUUGCAGUGUACACUAACACAAGUAUGGGAGCAAAACAGACAAAGGGGGCUGAGGCUGGCCCAAGCCCUCAUCACGGUUGGAAACGGACACCGACAAAGGAGCGAAACGAUUUAUUUGCCUCGUUCAUGUUAAGGUCAGGGGACCGACUUAGCCGAAGCGGGACCCCUCCUCCUUACCAGCGACGUAUCGGGAUGAUUCAGGAGAUGAUGAUGAUGGCAAAGCAAGGAAAACAAGACGAGGCAACAGAGAUGCUGAAGACACUCCGACAGGAUUUAGGAAUGGAGUCCACGUCUCUGGAUGAUGUCCUGUACCGAUACGCCAGCUUCCGCAACCUGGUGGACCCCAUCACCCAUGACUUGAUCAUCAGCCUGGCCAAAUACGUCCACUGCCCCAAAACGGAGGGUGACUCGCUGGGUGCCAUGGAGAAGGUUUGCCGGCAGCUGACGUACCACCUGAGCCCGCACUCUCACUGGAGGCGGCAGGGUCUGCUGAAGAGGAAGCCUCAGGCCUGCCUGAAGUCUGUUUUGUCCGUCCCUCCAGCCAGUGGGGCCUUAGACCUGUCGGGCAUUCCUCUGGCCGUGCGGGACAUGGAGCGCCUUUGCGCUCACCUCCAGCGCCACGCCUCGCGCAUCUGCAGCCUGGAGCUGGGCUUCACCGAGCUUACGGACGAGGCCUUCCUGGUGCUGCUUCCCACGCUGGCCGUCCUGCCCCGCCUCGAGACGUUGGCCCUCAACGGCAACCGGCUGACACGUGCCGUCCUCAAGGAGCUCACAGACACCCUGAAGGACCCGGACAGCUUCCCCAGCGUCACAUGGAUCGACCUGGGCAACAACGUGGACAUCUUCUCCCUGCCGCAGCCCUUCCUGGUGAGCCUGCGCAAGCGAUGCCCCAAGCAGGGCAACCUGCCCACCAUCUUGGAGUUCGGGGAGAGCCAGGCCAGUGAGCCCGAGUACAGGGUGGACGGUGAGGAUGAGGGCGACGACACCAACCGGACCGAGAGCACAGGUGAGCUGCGGUCCGAAGUUGAGGGAGAGCUGGAAGGGGAGAUGGACGGAGAGAUGGAAAUCGAGGAGAUGAUGGAAGAACUGCUGGACUUUGAUCGAGAGGUGCAGGGCAAGGAGGACGAGGAUGAGAGCAUGUGGACCAUGGAAGACCAACGAGUCGGGAAAAAAACGAGACAGGAGAAGCCGAGCAAAGUGAAGAAGGGAAAGGAGGCAGUGAAAGCGGAGGAGGAGGACGACACCCAGAGUCAGUCCUCACAGAUGUCUUGCUCCAGUCCGUCCCACAAUUCCUCUGGGGCCUUUGAACUGCACAAAGAGGACAGUGGGAAUAGGGCAGCACCUCCCUCAGACAACUUGACCUGAGAUCCACAUGUCGAUUAUCUGUGCCAUUCUUUGUAAUUCUGUGUGUCGUUUAGAGAGAGAGUGACAAGGAGAGAGAACACGACAAACCCUGUCAUCUCCAGUUGUGGGUAGCUUUGGUUGGGAGCUUGCCCAAACCAAAAAGAUUGGGAGGGGUCAUUGAUGGUUCAUUUUGAGGAGAUGACAACCAACAAAUGACAGCAACGUGUAUGAUUUCAUUAGCCCUAAUAUAUAACCUAACGUGUAAUAUAGUACUGCAGUCUGAACCACUCGUUAAAUACAAAGAUUAUAUUUUACUGUAAACUGGUAUGUUUUUAAUAUAUCAUUCAGGUGUCUCUCCCCUUUAUCCUGUCCAGUUGUGGACAUAUGCCUAUGUGCCUGUGACAUUGCUACCUUGCUGUAGAAUGGAUUGUGUAUUUGCGGAGUUGGAAAGUGAGGAUGAGACAGAGCAAGGCAGACAUGUCUUCAUCCCCCCCUAAUUCUCUGCCUUCAAAUCUAUGCACCCAGCUCUUAGAAAUAACCAGCACUCCCCAGGCCCUUUGUUCCUGCCCAGUAUUUCCUAAUCAAUAAAUACCGCCCAGAGCUUUGGUUUGACAGCAGGCGGAUGUGCUGAGAGCAGCUUUAAUGAAGUGUUACCUUUUGAAGAGGGGACAAACCAAAAAAGAAAAAAAAAACACACUGAAAAGGAACAGACUAGCGAGAGAGGAUGUCCCUCUUUGACAGUAUUUAGGAUCUGUACAAAAGCAAGCUGUCACUGUGAGGGGAAACAGUGCCUGAGGAAGGGAAGGGAAUGAACUAAAGAGAUUCCUCUCCCUAGUUGUCUAAAGAGGCACAUCUUUUGGACAACAGACUGAGGAGGGGAGUUUCAGCUUAAAGGUGCAGUACGUAGGAUUUAGUGGCAUCUAGUGGGGAGGCUGCAGAUUGGCUUCUUUCUGAGCAUGUAGCAGAGCCACCAGGUGUCAUAAAGAAACGUGAAAGGGCCUCUUGAGUUUCAGUGCGGUUUAUCCAUUCUGUGCUACUUUAGAAACAUGGCCGUGCAACAUGGAGUCUAUGUUGAUACGGAUCACUUAUUGUAAGCUAACGAAAACACAACGAUUCAUAGUCAUAGUUGAUUAUACACAAAUGAAAACAUAGUUAUGAUUAUUAUAUUUGAUUUCUACUAACCGCUCUCCCUACAUCCUACUGCACUGUUGCAAAUUAGGAAAUUUUGAUAUGUAAUUACCAGAGCCAUCCUAGCCUCGCUCACCCCUUUAUUCACACAUACAUAACUUCUCACAAAUAGUGUUUCUUUUCAUUUCUAGGAAAUAUUUACACCUACUUAAAUGUACCUUAUAUAAUUGAAUAUCUUUCAUAAUUGUACAGUUAUGAAGGAAGCGUGUUGUUCAAUUACUUUUAGAGUGGGAUAAGAAUCUGCUUUGAACACAUGUAAAUGUAUUUUGCUAAUUAGAUGCUGCUAUCUCUGUUUGCUUAGAGGUUGUACAACUACCCAAAUCUUAUUGUGAAUAAUUAUAUCCCAUACAAGCUAAAUUACAGUAUUUGUGUCAAUCUUUCCCCUUAUAUAUUGGAGCCUCUUUUAAAUGAAUUGAACAGAUACCCCGUGUGCACUUUAAUGAAAUAUGUUUCUCAUUCUCAGGUCCUCAUACCAUAAGGAGUGCUUUCAUCUCAGAGAAAGACAUUCUGUUAAUGUCAUUGUGGGUUUGUCAAAAAAUCAUAGUUAACCUCAAUUCAUCAUUAGUUUAAAUGUUCAGUGAAUCUGUGAUUCCGUAUUUAGUGUAGCAGAGUGACCACUGACUGAUAAUAAUGAUCUACUCCAGACAUGUUUGCACCAUGCCUAUAGUGAGUCUUUAUGGACCUAUCUGCAUUUAAAAUGAGUUGACACUAAGUAAAACUACAAAUGUAAUGUGAAGUAACAUGAACCUGAUGCAAACAAUUUUCAUUUAAAUUGUUAAUUAACAUAAUAAAAAGAUGACAUUUUUCUGAUAUUGACAUUCAUACUACUGUACUUUGUCCCUGGAUCCUCAUUAGUCUCUAUUUCUUGGAACCCCAUUUUAAUGUUAAAACUUUUACAUGCAUUGAAAUGUAUUGCUCCAAACAAUGGCUAAACAAUGUUAGCCUCAAAGAUGAGUCUAGUAAUUAAAACAAGAGCUGGGUUUUUUUUACACAUUAUUGGGCAUAUCACCAAUGUAGACUAGCCUAUGUAGGCACCUGUCUGGGUGGAUUUUCAUUUUUAAUAUACUUCAGUACGCCUAUGUCGUGAUUGUUUGUAUAAGCAACCAGAUGCCAUGCUUUCUUUCCUCUUAGUCCUUUGCACUGGUCAAAUGAGCAUGAUUAGGGAGGCUGUUUAAGACACCUUUCAUCCAAAAAGAACAACUCUAUAUCAUUACCCUGUACAAAUGUAUAGCUUCUUGCCAAAAAAGAAUGAAUGUCAUGUCUAAUAAUAAUAAUAAAAUAAAAUAAAACUGAAUCCA